AUGCUUUACAAGGGGUUACAAUUAGAUCCGUUUCAAGAGGAAGCAAUCCAUGCAGUAGAUCGGAAUCACUCCGUGCUUGUCACUGCACCGACGGGAGCAGGCAAAACUGUACUCGCUGAGUAUGCUAUUGAAAAAUGUCUGGAGAUGGGACGCCGCGUGAUUUAUACGGCACCGAUUAAAGCACUCAGCAACCAGAAGUAUCGAGAUUUCUAUCAGACUUAUGGCGAUUGUGUCGGGAUUGUCACGGGUGAUGUGGUACUAAACCAGUCUGCUCAAGUGCUGUUGAUGACGACGGAGAUUUUCCGUAAUACAAUCUUUGAUGAUAUUACCCGCUUGGACGACGUAGAAUACGUUAUUUUCGACGAAAUUCACUAUAUCAACGAUAUUGAACGUGGAACAGUUUGGGAAGAGAGUAUCAUUUUUGCGCCUCAGAAUAUCAAAUUUGUCUGUUUAAGUGCGACAAUCCCAAAUAUCAACCAAUUUGCCGAAUGGAUGCGGUCAGUCCGAGAGGCUGAGAUUGAUGUAAUUGAAGAAUUAGAACGACCCGUCCCUCUGGAGCAUCAUCUCUAUUUGGAAGGAUACGGCAUUGGAGAUCUUGCGUGCUUACAAAAGAUUCAAGAGUCUAUUAUCUACGACGACUUCUACGACGAAGACGACACUGAUAAGAAUGGAACCUUUGAAGAGGCACUGCCUAAUCUAAUUCACGCAGAUCUGAUUCCCUACAUCCAGAAUCAGAACCAGCUCCCUUGUCUCUACUUCUGUUUUAGUCGCAAGGUAUGCGAGAAAAAUGCAGCGUAUUAUGCCAAACGGACUUUGCUGACCGCCGAACAGCGGAAAGAAAUUCUUCAUCUGUUUGAUCUAUUAUGUACUCAAUUCAGCAUCCGAGACGAACGCAAUAUCCAAGCUUUUCGCCACCUUGUUUCUAAAGGUAUUGCAUACCACCACGCGGGUAUGCUACCAACCUUGAAAGAGGUAGUCGAGCGUCUAUUUACCUCCGGACUGAUUCAACUGCUUUUCACGACUGAGACCUUUGCAGUUGGCAUUAAUAUGCCGGCAUGCACGGUUGUUUUCGAGAGCUUAGAGAAAUACGAUGGCGUUAGUUUCCGAUACCUGAAAGCGCGUGAGUACCAUCAGAUGUCAGGUAGAGCGGGGCGGCGUGGUAUCGAUCCAAUUGGUUAUGUUUAUGCUCGAGUUUUCCCAAAAUUUGCACAUGUUGAGAGCGUCCAACGAAUCACUUCCGGCAAAAUUGAGCCAAUUGAAAGUCAGUUCAAUCUCUCCUAUUCAAGUAUCUUAAAUCUUUAUGAAAAAUAUGGAGAUGACAUCUAUGAUGUAUGCACCCAAAGCUUGAACAACUUUCAAAAUAUAGAGCGGGUGCGGAAGACAGAGACACAGAUUCAACAUACAUUCACAACACUGAACAAACUCUCCAAACCUACUUGUAUUCAUGACGGCGUUGAUGGAUUUGAUCAGAUUGGCGGAUACAACAAUCUCCGGGACAGAAUCACUGAACGGCGCAAACUCCUGAAAGUGGAACGUCGUGCACUCAAGGGCAAAGGGGGCAAACGGAGACAUAAGAAAGAUCUACGCCAAAAGUUUAUGCGGUCCGAACGCCAGUUGUGGCAAAUUGAGGCAGAAAAGAAUGAGAAUCUAUGCCAUAACUGCAAACAAUUCAAAACCUGCGAUUACAGCUACCGCAAAAUUAAUCAAUCUGAGAAUCGGAUUCAGGAACUUCAAAAUAGGAAAGUCCUCCUUGAAGACUAUCAGCGAAAACAGAUCGCUUCGCGUUUGAAGAUUCUUGAAGAACUCGGGUACAUCGAUGGCUCUGGAUUACUCGCACGUGGUAAGAUUGCAUCACAAAUUUACGGCUAUGAAAUACAGGUGACCCAACUCCUCUUCAAAGGCUUCUUUGAAAACUUAAGUGAAGAUGAACUCAGUGUGCUUGCAAUGGCAAUUGUUUGCGAAGACAGAAAGGACUGGGGACACUAUAGAAAACUGGAAGACAAAAAAAUCAAAAGGUUACUGAAAACAGGAGACAAAGAGAUUGAGUCAAUCCGAAUAUUAGAGGAACAGUAUCAGGUGGAUCCGGUGAUCCCGAAGCUAGUAACGCAGUUGAGUACAGCGAUGCUUGCGUGGAGCCAAGGUUGUGAGUUUGAGACGCUUCCCCAAUAUGUAAACUUAGCCGAUGGCGACUUUGUGCGAGCAUUUCGACUGGUGAUAGAUCUUCUUCGGCAGUUAACGUCUGAUUAUUAUUAUGUGAAGCCCAACAACUUGUACACCUUUAACCAACGGAGAAAGAACAUGGCAGAUCAAGAAUUUGAACUCACUACAAAAUUACGAAUUCGAGCUGCUGCUGCAAACGAUGCAAAAGCUUUGGAGCAGUACUGCUUUACCGGCAGUGCUGCAGCAGAAAUUGACCAAGAAUUACAGGAUGACCUCUCGCGAACGGAGAGGGGAGAGGUCUACCGAAUUGUUGCUGAGGCAAGUGGACAUGCGAUAGGAAACAUUCGGCUUGAGCGUCACCCCCUCAACCCUGAAAUCGGCGAUGUCAGCCAGUUAGCGGUAUCCGCGCCCUUCCGGCAGUUCGCAGUUGCAGAUAAAUUAAUCGACUUCACCGAGCAGGUUGCACAAGAAAAUGGUAUCACAACGCUUCAGAUUGAGCUCUCCCGGUCUGAGGAGCCAAUCAUAACGGCUUACAAAGGAUGGGGAUUUGACGAACGUCCCGUUGUUACAUUGCAAAAAACAGUCGGCUCUUCUGAUACGGCGAGCGCUUCUGACCAAGAAACGUCCACGGACGAAACCCCUUCACUAGAAGAAGACACCGAAGAAGAACUUCAACUAGAAGACACUGAAGAUUCCUCUGAAGAUUCGGAGGAUUUCGAUGGCGAAGAACAGCAGCAAAAACUAUUGUAA